UAAAGAAAAAGAAAAAGGAGGGCCACGAAUGAAGUAUUUCAUUUUUUUUCUUUUAUUGUACCUCAACCAUCUAUAUAAACCCUUCAAACUCCCAAACCAUGCAGUCACUAACAAGAAUGAAUACCUAACAGGCAAACACACACAUAUAUAUACACGCAAAACUCAUAUAACUCUUCAUAUGUAUAUAAACAUGUCUCUCCACUAUCUAACAAUGCAAAUUUCACCAUCACCAUCACAAUCAUCAUCAUCAUCACCAUCAUCACAUUCUUUUUCUUCUUCCUCGUCAUAUUGGUUUGGUUCUGCUUCUACUUUGUUAGUGAAUACGAUAAUAGCAGUGUUGUUGUUGGUGUUGCUGUUGCUGCUUCGGUGGAGGUUUCACCCGAUAAAACACAGUCGACGAAGGCUUCCUCCUGGCUCCAUGGGUUGGCCUUACGUCGGAGAAACCCUCCGGCUCUACACCGAGAAUCCCAACUCCUUCUUCGCCAGCCGACAAAAGAGGUAUGGGGACAUAUUCAAGACACACAUAUUGGGGUGCCCAUGUGUGAUGAUAAGCAGCCCAGAAGCGGCGAGAGUGGUGUUGGUGAGCAAAGCAGACAUGUUCAAGCCCACAUACCCACCGAGCAAAGAGAGAAUGAUCGGACCAGAAGCUCUCUUCUUCCACCAAGGUCCUUACCACUCUUGCCUGAAGAAGUUUGUCCAGUCCUCGUUCAUGCCCUCUGCUUUGAGACCCUCUGUUUCUCAGAUCGAGCUUCUUGUCCUUAACCUCCUCGCUUCUUGGAGGAACCAACCCUCCUCCAUCAACACUCUUCACCACAUGAAAAGGUAUGCGUUUGACGUGGCGGUCAUGUCGGUGUUUGGGGACAAAGAGGAAGCAAGUGAAAUCGAAGGAAUAAAGAAUCUGUAUCACCGCUUGGAAAAAGGUUAUAAUUCCAUGCCCUUGGACCUACCUGGCACCCCCUUUCACUCUGCCAUGAAGGCGAGGAGGCAAUUGAACGAGGCGUUGAGGAAAGUAAUAGAGAAGAGGAGAGAGAGUGGAAGGAGAGGAGGGUUGCUUGGAGUUCUUCUUGGUGCAAAGGACCAAAAGCUCGACCGCUUAAGCGAUUCUCAGAUCGCCGAUAACAUAAUCGGCGUUAUCUUCGCCGCCCACGACACAACUGCCUCUGUCUUGACGUGGCUUCUCAAGUACUUACACGACCACCGCGACUUGCUAGACGCUGUCUCCAGGGAGCAAACAGACAUCCGACGCAAAAUCAAGGAAGAAAACCGAGGAAUCUCGUGGGACGACACAAGAAAUAUGCCAUUAACCACGAGGGUGAUACAAGAGACGCUAAGAGCAGCGAGUGUGUUAUCGUUUACGUUUAGAGAAGCCGUGGAAGACGUUGAGUUCGAAGGUUACUUGAUCCCAAAGGGAUGGAAGGUCCUUCCCCUCUUCCGAAGAAUCCAUCACUCCGCCGAUUUUUUCCCCGACCCUGAAAAAUUCGAUCCCUCCAGAUUCGAGGUGGCACCAAGACCGAACACGUUCAUGCCAUUUGGGAACGGAGUGCACUCGUGUCCCGGGAGUGAGCUGGCAAAGCUUGAGAUGCUUAUCCUCCUCCAUCACCUCACCACCUCCUUUAGAUGGGAAGUGGUGGGAGAUGAAGAAGGAAUACAGUACGGUCCUUUUCCUGUGCCCAAGAGGGGUUUACCAAUAAGGGUAAUCCCUAUUUGAUCCAAAUUAGGUAAUCGCAAUUCACGUUUCCUGCAAAAAAAAAAAAAAAAGAUUUGUGUUUUGUUUUUUUUUUGGCAAAGCCCUAAAUGAGUGAAAUGCUGGGCGACUCAACAAAAUGUUCGGUAGAGAGUUUUUUUUUUAAUUUUUUGUUUAUAUUUUGAUGUUGUAUGUUGCCUAUAAUAUGGCCUUGAUCUCGUGUAAAUCUGCUGAAAAAAAUUCCAUUGUACAUUCGUAAUUCAGUGAAAAUCUUUUUGUUUUCUGCCAA